GUUUAGACUUUAGUCAUGAGCAAUUAUCGAGUUGUUUGUUCGAUCCUCAUCGUAAUCCUGAUCUUGCACUCCUCGGGAUGUUCAAGAGGAGAGCAAGAGCUUCGUGGCUGGCUGCCGGAGUUUUGUAUUUUCGGGGAACAUCAGUGUCCGAACUCGAGAGUUUCUUUUUGGCUUUACACCAACCAAACAAGAGAUAACCCAGUGCAACUGGACCCCAUUAAUCCUCAAGCGGAGCUUUUCCAGCCUCGACUUCCUUUGAAAAUACUCAUUCACGGUUUUAUAGGAAACAGGAACUUGACACCCAACCUCGAGGUUCGGGACGUUCUUCUCCAGACCCAGCCAGUGAAUGUGAUCUCAGUGGAUUAUGGGACAUUGGUGCGAUGGCCCUGCUACUUUCCAUGGUCUGUGUCAAAUGCCCCCAUUGUCUCAGAGUGCCUGGCCCAGAUGAUAAACAACUUGGUCUCUGCUGGCAUUUACAGACGGCAGGACAUCCAUUUAAUUGGCUUCAGUUUGGGUGCCCAGGUCGCCGGCAUGGUGGCCAAUUAUGUCACAGAGCCAUUGGCCAGGAUAACUGGCUUAGAUCCUGCAGGACCUGGUUUCAUGACACAGUCUUCGUUACAGCAAAAGUUGGAUCGCAGCGAUGCUGAUUUUGUGGACAUUAUCCAUACCGAUCCCUUCUUUUUCUCCAUGCUUCCGCCCAUGGGUCAUGCGGACUUUUACCCUAAUCUCGACCAGCUUAACCAGCGCGGAUGCAGUUACAUCAGCAACUGGCGGUUCUUCAACUGCAAUCACUACAGGGCAGCCGUAUAUUAUGCGGAAUCUAUUACCUCGGACCGCGGAUUCUGGGCCCAACAAUGUGGUGGUUGGCUGGAUUUCUUUUCUCAGCGCUGUAAUCACUAUUCCAACAUGCCCAACACCCAAAUGGGAUACUUUGUUUCCGGGGAUGCUUCGGGUUCCUACUUUCUUUCAACUCAUGAAGUGUCUCCCUUUGCCAAAGGACCUCUUGUAGAUAUCACAGUGGAAGUUGCCGAAAAAUGA